AUGGGAUUUGCCGUUGGAAAUGCUGGACAGCGAGCUCAUUGUGAACUGUAUGAAAGAACGUUGGCCAAGCUGCCUUAUUACAAUGAUUUCAACGGAAAGAGUUUGCUAGAAGUCGGCUGCGGAGUUGGUGGAGGGAUUAGAUGGAUUCAGAAGUAAGAAAAAAAAUAACAAAAACAAAUUUCCUCGCCUAACUUUUCCAGAGUCCAUCCUGACCUGGAUGAGAUCAAAGGAAUCGACAAAUGGCCCUCAACGAAUGAGAAUCCAACGAUCGUUCAAGUAAGUGGCCGUCUAAGCUAAAACAAUGUCCAAAGGAACAAAAUUUGAGACGAAAUCAGCUUCAUGGAUGAAUAAAAACAACAACCAUUCAAUUUCAGGGGAAUGCUGAAGCUCUUCCGUUCAAAUCAAACUCAUUUGACAUUGUACUCAACAUUGAGAGCAGCCAUCUAUACUCGAAUCCGCGAAAAUUCUUCGCUGAGGCGUACAGAGUGCUCAAACCCGGAGGACAUCUAUGCUGGGCGGAUCUACGAAGAGCUUACAAGGUAAUAUACCUAUUUAGAAACUAAUUUUCCUUCUUUCUAACCCUAUUUACAUCAUUGAUGAGGUCUGAUCUAUUUUCAGAAAGAACAACCCUUCGCGCAUGCCGAAAAUGCUGGAUUAACUCUCGUGGAGAUGCAAAUAAUCAAUGAGCAAGUUCUCAGAGGCGCUCAGCUAACAUCUGCGGAAUACGACAAAGUUUUAGACAGAGUAAGAGCUGCUAGUAUAGUAAAUGUAAAUUUAGGCGCCAUACUUCGUAAAAAUCUUCAAAAACUCAAUAAGAGCGACGUACUGUGCACCAGGAACAAAGUUCUAUAACAAAUUGAAGAAUUACGAGACAUUCUACUGGAUUUGUUUGUGGAAAAAACCGUCAAAAUCCCAUUGA